AUGACAAACGAUAUCGACUGGUCCCACUCCUUCUGUCUCGCCUGUGAUCGCCAGACAGAUGGGGACGUCUAUUGCUCUGAAGCCUGUCGUCUCGCCGAAUACGAGGCGGGCUCUCAGCCAAGUUCAGCCGCCUCUUCGCCCAUAUAUCCGCAAAGCGGCCUCUCAUGGCCCGUAGAUCGCUUAAAGUCUCCCAUUCCCACUAGAAAACGCGAGAUUCACAAGCUCGCCGGAGUCUCCGAAAUUUAUUCUAUACCAUUUCCAUCCUCACCCCAGCCCUCGCCCCAUCAACAUGCAACACUGCGUCUAGACCACGAGACUCUCAAGAGCCAGAGCAGUUCAACCCACCUGUCGACCAGUGAUUUUUCUCUACUUCUCUCCCCGACUACUGAUGCAGGGUAUUCGCUCGUCUCGGAGGACUCAAAGCGGGCCUUACAAUCAUACGCGAAUGCCUUUGAUCAGUCUCGUUACAGUCGACGACCGUCAACACCUUGA